GGCCUCCUAGCAGUGUGCAUCAUCCUACCUCAAGAUCAUAGCAAUGACAUCUAGGUUGUUGUGGGCUUUGAGGGCCACCUCCUACCUCAAGAUCUCCACCUGCCCUAGAGCCUUGUCCAUAGUUAUUAAAGAUUUGAAAUAUGCUAACACACAUGAGUGGGUUAAAGUUGAUGGCUCUUUUGCAACAAUAGGAAUAACUGACCAUGCUCAGGAUCAUUUAGGUGAUGUUGUGUAUAUUGCAUUGCUAGAAGUUGGUUCCUAUAUGAAGCAGAGCAAAUAUUUUGGUGCAGUUGAGAGUGUCAAGGCAACCAUUGAUGUAAUGUCUCUUGUUUAUGGAGAAGUUGUUGAAGUCAAUACUGAGUUAAAUGAUUCUCCUAGGUUGGUUAAUGCAAGCCCAUUCGAGGAUGACUGGAUCGUAAAGGUCAAAUUGAGCAAUGAUGGAGAAGUGAAUUCAUUGAUGGAUUCUGAACAAUACUCAAAGCUCUACGAGGAAGAGGAUGCAAAGCAUUGA